AAAAAAAAAAAAACACAAAUUGCCGAAGACUCUUGUUUCUUAUACAGAACGAAAGGAGAGGGAAUUUUAGGAAAAGGAAGGAAAACCAAAAAAAUGAAGCCCUUAGGAUGGUGGCUGAUGCUAGUGGGUUCGCUUCGAUUAGCCUCUGUUUGGUUCGGCUUCGUCGACAUUUGGGCUCUACGACUCGCCGUUUUCUCCAAUACCACCAUGACUGAAGUUCAUGGAAGGACGUUUGGAGUUUGGACACUUCUAACUUGUACCCUCUGUUUUCUUUGUGCAUUUAACCUUGAGAAUAGGCCACUUUAUUUGGCUACAUUCUUGUCAUUCAUCUAUGCCUUUGGUCAUUUCUUGACUGAAUACCUGAUAUAUCAUACGAUGGCAAUUGCAAAUCUGACAACUGUCGGCAUCUUUGCAGGCACAUCAAUAAUAUGGAUGCUGUUGCAGUGGAAUGCACAUCAACCUAUCCACCCAAAGCAUUCUUGAAUGUAGAAUGAUGUGCUUCUUAUUUCUCCCUUCUUUUUGGGCUGAUAAAGAUGGAUUUUUUUUACCAGGCAUUUUUCAUGUUGCUUGUUUUGUUCUUUUUAUGCAUAGGUCUAUCAAUUGCUCAAGGCAAGGGUUCACGCACACUGUCGGUUUAUAAAGUUAUGCAAAUUUCUUUCCAACGUUUAUUGUUUCACUAGAUUAAAUUUAGACAUGGCUCUAAACUUUUACUGCCCCUCUAUAUUUGUUGUUACUUUGGAAGCCUUUUCAAUUUCCUUGUGAAGUAAGGUGCUACCUGGUGGUUUCCAUAAGACAUGGUAAAGAAUUGCGUAUGAGUUACAGAUGCUGACUACAA